AGAAUACUACACCUCUUGGGUGGUUGAGUUUGUCUUUGAUAUGGUUUACUUGAAGGAGGGUGGACAUGUACAGGAGGGUUCUAAGGAGCAUAGAUUCGUUCCACCAUUAUGAAUAAUGCUGUAAGUAUUUUUGUCAAAGACACUUCUUAUUAAGAGUUUAGACUCCUAAGCAACUGAACCAUUGUGGAUGGACCCCCUGCUGGCCUGGUCCACGCAGGUGCAACCAUAUAGAAUCGGCCCAACACUCAGGGUUCCCGAGCUCUUUUUCCCCCGCUGCAGGACCAAGACCCGAACCCUGCGGCUGUGGCCGAGAAAGCUGCAUUGAGCCUGCGCGCAAAGCCUCUGAGUAAAAAGUGAAAGUAACCCCCUAACUAGGCCUCUGGAGGACGGAAGCUGCUGCACAAGUCUGCGCAGGCGCGCCCCGCUGACGAACACUCAUCAGUGCGCAGGCGCCCAUCUUAGUUGGUCUUCUUGUCCUGUAAACAGAGGGCCUGCCCCCGACAGCUUCUGCUUCCGGGUCACGCCUUGACAGCGGCUUUCAACGCCCACCUCAGCCCAGGAAUUCGGCAGUUUGGAGCAUGUGAACGCUGUGAGCCUUGAUGAGUUCCAGUAUGUGGUAUAUUAUGCAGAGCAUUCAGAGCAAAUACUCUCUCUCGGAGCGCUUAAUCCGAACAAUUGCUGCCAUCCGUUCCUUCCCACAUGAUAAUGUAGAGGACCUCAUCAGAGGGGGAGCAGAUGUGAACUGCACUCAUGGCACACUGAAGCCCUUGCACUGUGCCUGUAUGGUGUCAGAUGCUGACUGUGUGGAGUUACUUCUGGAAAAAGGAGCCGAGGUGAAUGCCCUGGAUGGGUAUAACCGAACAGCCCUCCACUAUGCAGCAGAGAAAGAUGAGGCUUGUGUGGAGGUCCUAUUGGAGUAUGGUGCAAACCCCAAUGCUUUGGAUGGCAACAGAGACACCCCACUUCACUGGGCAGCCUUUAAGAACAAUGCUGAGUGUGUGCGGGCUCUCCUAGAGAGUGGGGCCUCUGUCAAUGCCCUGGAUUACAACAAUGAUACACCACUCAGCUGGGCUGCCAUGAAGGGAAAUCUUGAGAGUGUCAGCAUCCUUCUAGAUUAUGGCGCAGAGGUCAGAGUCAUCAACCUAAUAGGCCAGACACCCAUCUCCCGCCUGGUGGCUCUGCUAGUCAGGGGACUUGGAACAGAGAAAGAGGACUCUUGCUUUGAGCUCCUCCACAGAGCUGUUGGACACUUUGAAUUGAGGAAAAAUGGCACCAUGCCACGAGAGGUGGCCAGAGACCCGCAGCUAUGUGAAAAACUGACUGUUCUGUGCUCAGCCCCAGGAACUCUAAAGACACUCGCUCGCUAUGCCGUGCGCCGUAGCCUGGGACUCCAGUAUCUCCCCGAUGCAGUGAAGGGCCUUCCACUGCCAGCUUCUUUGAAGGAAUACCUGUUACUUUUAGAAUAGCCCGGAGAAGAUGUUUGCACCAUCAUGCAGGCAACUCUGGGUGAGGUUGUCCCUGCAGUACUCCUUGUCACAGAAAACAGAAAAACAGUUGUUCCUGUUGUGUGGUUUAUAGAUUUCGAAGCAACAUGUCACAACGGUAACCUCCAUAGCACCUCCCCUUCCAAACCAAACAACCCAAGAAAAAUCCCUCACUUUUGUUUUCUGUUUAUUGCUUACUUGGCUUUUUAUAUUGCAUUUUGCAAAAGAAGAGGUCUCCCUCAAUCCUCCCCUUUAGGGAAGGAGUCAACAGUGCAACUAAAUUUCUCUAGGAAGAUGGAAAGUACUUAAAUAAUGUGUGUGUGGUUUUCCUUUGGGGGCGUGGUUAAUGGUCCAGAAGAAUCCCUUCUAGAAAGCAUUUCAGGCCAGGCAUGGUGGCUCACGCCUGUAAUCCUGGCACUUUGGGAGGCCGAGGCAGGCGGAUCACCUGAGGUCAGGAGUUUGAGACCAGCCUGACCAAUAUGAUGAAACCCCGUCUCUACUAAAAAUACAAAAAUUAGCUGGGCAUGGUGGCAUGCGCCUGUAAUCCCAGCUACUCGGGAGGCUGAGACAGAAGAAUUGCUUGAACCUGUGAGGCAGAGGUUGCAGUGAGCCGAGAUCGCGCCACUGCACUCCAGCCUGGGCAAUAAGAGGGAAACUGUCAAAAAAAAACAAAAAAAAGAACAUUUUAAUUGAUCUGUGAAAAAAUUUAAGAAAAUCACAAUUUCAGCUAACAGCAAUUGUGUCCCAAAGAUGAAGAUACUAUAACCUCAAAUGGUGCAGAUCCAUAAUUGGGCUGGAUGACAUCCCUACUGUGCCAUGUCCUGGGGCAUUUGGAAGGGACUGGAUCUCUUUCCCCUCAUCAAAGGAAACAGCAGUCUUUGCCUCUUUCUCUUGGUUGUGACCACGGGCUAUAGUAGCUCUGAAAUAACAAGAGCUCUGUAAUAACAGUAAUAAAUAGCUCUGAAAUAACAGCCCUAAGAACUCCUAAAGUCCUGAGAACUUUUCUUGUAAUGCAGCUUUUUCUCUUCCUGAGAGCCAGUGUGUUCUAAUGGGCUUCACAGGCAGUUCCUACACCUACGGUGUGUGUUCCAGCAGGGAGGAGUUAUGGGCUGGGCUACCAUUUCCCGUGGGUCUUCAUUCCCAAUGGAAAGUUCACUCUGCUUAGUUUGGAAUUAUUUUUCUUUCAGUUGUUCUGGAACCUUUGCUUUUUAUUGAUUUAUACAAUACAAUUGGUGGGAGGGUGGACUUGGGAUGGGAGUGGGAAAAGCAUAUAAGAGCUUCUUUUGUGAUGGUCCAUCUACCCAAAAGAGAUCUGCUUUAGUGAACAAUACUCUUUCCUUUCAUGUUUCUAAACUAGAUCAAGUUGUUACUGAUUUUAGAUGACUUGUAUGCAAAUUUGAAAAACUUUUUUUUUUAAAGCUGUUUGGGAACUACAAACAAUGAAUGGAAUCUACUGACACAGCUAAUUGGAAAACAGAUGUCUUCUUUUGUCCUAUUGAUGCUGGUGUUUAAAAAACACCAUUAAAAAAAAAAAGAAUAAAUAGUUCUAAAAGCAA